AUGAAAAAGGAACUCGCAACCACUUUCGUCCUCGCCACUGCCGUGGCUGUCACUUCCGUAGAGGCCGCACCACUCGGAACGGGCGUCUGCUACGCGCCAUGGCACAAUCCUCUCGUCAACUGGGAUGUGCUGCAGAAGGACAUGAGACAGGUUGCUCAGUAUUUCUCGAGCAUCCGCACGUACGAGGCGCGACUGAGUGGUGUGAAUGCUAUCGAUAUGGCGGCUGCGGCCGGCCUCCGUAUCGCGGUUGGUGUGCAGCUGAACAAUCCCAGUCAGAUUGAUUGCGAGAUUCAGGCAGUGUGCGACGGCUUUGCUCGGAACCCCUGGGCCGUUGAGGCCGUUUACGUUGGCAACGAGAACCUCCGCAACAACGGCUUUGGCCAGUACUCGGCUGAUGAGCUCGUGGGGUUUAUCAACCGGGUCAGGGGAUGCGUGCACUGGGAUACGCCCAUUGGAUCAGUGCAGCGCAUCAACGAGUGGCUGAGCGCCGAAGGUGCGUGGAAACUCGCGAACGCAGUGGACUACAUUGGGGUCACCAUCUACCCGUUCUUCACGCCCGGUCCGCAGGCUUCAAUACUAAAGCUGCAGGCCCAAUGGGACCAGAUGACGUCCAAGUUCGGUCCAGCCAAAGUGCACCUGACCGAGACAGGCUGGCCGUACGCGGGCGAGUGCUACGCCGGCAACCAACCGUCGCGUGAGGGCAUGCAACAGUACCUGAACGACUACGUAGCGUGGUCUCGCGACAAGGGCCAGUCGUACUGGUUCAUGAUGUACGACACGACGGUGAGCUACACGGGAGCGCAGUACGAGAAGCACUUUGGGCUCUUUGGCACCGACAUGACUCCGCACGUGACGAUUCCGAGCUGCUAG